UAUAAAGUUGUUUCGAGACUCACUUUCCGGAUUCCCAGUACUCCAACCGGCAGCAACUCCCGUUUGUCCUAUCAGCCUGUUCCCGAGGGUGGUGGACUCGUUCAAGGGAGGGCCUUUCAACACAAGAUGUGCGCUUGUCCCUGCACCGGAAAGGGUCUGCCACCUCAGAAUAACGGUCGCCAAUCUGGCACAGCUCCAGGUGGUGGUCCGGGCGGUGGUGGUCCAGGCGGUGGUCGUGGACGUAAUGACGGUCCUCCUUCCCAAAAGGGUAAACCCUGUGGUCCCAAGCCGUGCGGAGGAACCAAGUGCAAUAAAUGCAAGAUGGGUGGCCCAGGAGGCAAAGGUGGCCCCGGAGGGAAAGAUGGCCCCGAAGGCAGACGUGGUUCUGGCAAUGGCGGAGCAGGCGGUGGACCUUUGGGUCUAAGAGCUCCACCGAACAAUCGAGGACCCAAUGCUCUGGGACUAGCUGCUCUGCUCUUUGCCUUCGGGGUCUUCCUCACCGUAAAAAUGGGCCUUGUGGCCAAUGAGAUUGGCUGAAUCUACAUAGGACGGGAUUGCCGCCAGCCAGGAUCUCGACAGCGGCGAUUACUCUACAACGCUUAUAUCAACGUUGCGUUGAUUCGGGGAGGGUAAAUUAAAUUCGAAAUGUGUAUCUAAUA